GGAAAAAAGAGAAAGGGUGGAAAAUUUCUCAUCAUCUCCGAACUCUGGACCUUCUCUCUCUACAAAUCUCUAUCUUUCCAGUCCUCAUCAAUGGCAUCCGAAGAGCAACAGCAGCCGCAGACAAGAGAGGAACCAGCCGAUGAAUGCCUGCAUAAGACCAAGGUGGUCCAGUUUCUCGGGCGCACCACGCCCAUCAUUCUUCAGAACGAAAAUGGCCCUUGCCCUCUUCUCGCUAUCUGUAAUGUUCUUCUGUUAAAAAACAACUUGAACUUGAGUCCAGACAUUGCUGAAGUCUCACAACAGAAAUUGCUUUCUCUGGUGGCGGAACGGUUAAUCGAUUCAAACAGUAAUAUCAAUAAUAAAGAUGCAGGGUAUGUUGAAAAUCAACAGCAGAACAUUUCAGAUGCAAUUGAUCUGCUCCCAUGUCUUGCAACUGGAAUUGAUGUGAAUAUAAAAUUUAGAAGAAUUGAUGACUUCGAGUUCACUCGAGAAUGUGCAAUCUUUGACCUUCUGGACAUUCCACUGUAUCAUGGUUGGAUAGUUGAUCCCCAGGAUUCUGAAACUGCUAAUGCAAUUGGGUCAAAGUCCUAUAAUGCUCUCAUGGGGGAGCUUGUUGCCCUGGAUUCAAGAAAUAUGGAGGGUGAGCCUAAGAGUACUCCUGAAGAAGACUGUAUCGAUUUUGCUGCUGCUACAACUGCCACUCUAGGAGUUCCUUCUCCAUCCCUUUCAAGAGCUAGAUCUUUUGAGGAUUCUCCACAUUCUAUCUCUGAUAACCAGACAGUAAGAAAAGGAGACCUUGAAGAAGAAGCGGAGCUGUCGAGAAUCUUGAAACUGUCUGAGGCUGAAUUGUCAACUACAGUGGAUGAUUCUCUUAUAGUUAAUGCUAUUGGAGGGAUUUCUAUCCAUUCAGAUUCUGUUGUAGUUAAUACUAAUGGAGAGAUAUCUGUCAGUUCAGGUGCAAGUUCAUACCCCAAUAAGUGUAUGCCUGUACCACUUGUGGAGACACUAGAGGUGCACACUGGUGGUACAGACCAAAAUUUUCAUCAACAAGAAGCAGCCAUAUCAGAUGACUACAAUGCCUUAAGCAGGGAUAAGAAUAAUCUGCCAUCUUCCCAAACCACUCCUGCAGAAGGGGUUUGUUCAUUGUCAAAUACUGAUGGGGGAAGUCACAUCAAUCAGCCAACUUCUGAAGAAUCUAGAAUGCAUUUUCCAAGUGAUGAUGUGGUUGAUAAGACUAAUGGUGAAAACUUGGUCCAGAAUGAAAAUGUACCUUCCCCUUCUACCAGGAGAGAUCCUAUAUCUGCAGAUGAGAGCAGUGUGGAUAUUUUAGGAGGGGAUGAAAAAAUUCAGAAACAGUUCACUUCUACAGCCAAUGUUCAUGUGCAAACUGAUAAUCAAAGUGCUUGUGGCACAACAGAAGCUUCUGGUUUAUCUACUACUAACACAGAUUUGUCUUGUGGUAGAAGACCGAAUGUGGUUGUGUCAGCAGGUUUUAUGCCGAGUGUUGAUGAUGGUGAACCCAUAUAUGAAGGAGAGGAGUGCAUAUUGGAUUCAAAUACAACAAUUUAUGAAGACCGAGAGCCCAUGUAUGAAGGUGAGGUGGUUCUAGCGGAACAAGCCGACAAAGACACUGUGGAUUCUUGUAAUAUAGGUUUCAAGGAUGAACUCACUCCACAACAAGGGGAACUGGUCAGGAACUUUUUGAAGAACAAUGCUAAUCAAUUGACCGUUUAUGGCCUCUUUUGCUUACGAGAUAACUUGAAAGAACGCGAGCUUUGUGUUUUUUUCCGUAAUAAUCACUUCAGCACCAUGUUUAAGCUUGAUGGUGACCUGUAUCUUUUGGCUACAGACCAAGGUUACAUAAAUCAGCCUGAUUUGGUAUGGGAAAAACUAAAUGAGGUUAAUGGGGACACUGUGUUUAUGACCAGUAACUUUAAGGAGUUCAAGGUGGAAAGUCACAGCAGUGGCACUUGGGAUGAACAAAAUGCUAUGGCCAGUACUGCAGACUAUUUGGCUAGCAUUGAUAAUUCGGCACAAGGGGGCUUGGAUUUGAAUUCUGAUCUGCAACUGGCAAUAGCUCUGCAACAGCAGGAGUUUGAGCAACAGCCACAACGUCAGAAUACGAAUACGCAGCAACCAUCUAGUAGUGGAAAUUCAAGGCUGAUCACUGGUCCUCAGGCGCCAAGAACCAGUGGCAGAAACUCCUCAUCUGCAAGGCAUGAUGCAAAAUCUUCAAAAGAAAAGUGUAUUGUGAUGUGACGUCCGCAUGCCAAGGAGUUGGAAAUUUGUACUGUAAAUGGUGUGAAUGUCUCUUGCCUCUCCAUUGCAUCCCUAGACAACAAUUUAACCCUUGGGUUUUUUUUCUUUUUCUUUGUUAACCUCAUGUGAUUUCUGAUCUUGUUUGUAAAUAAAGAAAAAUAUAUAGUCCCACAUUGGAUAGGCCCUGCAAUCCUAUGAUGCCCUUUUUCUUUUCUUC